AUGCCAGACAACGAAACAACUGUCAGCCAAAUUCCUGAUGAAUUGACGAUGCAGAUUGCUGCUCUUCUGAGAAAUGGUCUCAGAACACAGCAAACAACAACAAACUCUGAAAAUCUAUCCUUAGGGAUUAAACUCGGGGGUGAUAACUAUGCCUUAUGGGCAACCCUGAUGAAGAAAGCCAUUGGAGGCAGGGGAAGAAGCUCUCACAUUACGGGCGACCCCAAGCCUCCCUCAAAAACCGACACAGAUUACUCACGCUGGGAACAAGACGAUCAGUGCGUCUUCACCUGGAUUAUCCAGAACCUCGAAUCCAACUUGGUGAAUAACGUUUCACAGUAUCCGACCGCAAAAGCCUUAUGGGAUGGUUUGGCAACUACAUACGGGUUCGGAACCGAUUCAUUACAAGUCUUUGACCUCCAUAAAAGAGCCAAAUCCCUUAGACAAGGAUCUGAUACUUUGGAAGAUCUGUGGAAUAAACUGCAAAGCAUAUGGAUGUCCAUUGAUAGAAGAGAUCCAAACCCCAUGAAAGACCCGGAAGACAUCCAGAUGUAUAAUAAGAAGACUCAAGAGCAAAGGUUAUACCAAUUACUCACAGCACUCGAUGACAAAAUGGAACCUGUAAAAAGGGAUAUUCUGAAAAAGGACCCUCUUCCAACGGUGGAAAUGGCGUACGCCACCAUACGCAGGGAAGAUGCUAGAAUGAAUAUUCUAAGAUCUGGACCAUCCGAUAAUGAGUCAACAGAGAUUGGGAUGGGAUUGGCUGCAAAAGACUGGUCACAAAGAACAAAGUUUCGACCUAGAGAUAAAGAAGACAAAUCCAAGCUCUUUUGCACCUACUGCCAAAUGAAGAGACACACAAAAGACCAAUGUUUCAAGAUCGUCGGUUAUCCAGAGUGGUGGGGAGACGGUCAGAAGCAAAAGAAUUCGGGGGCUGAUGGCAAAGGAACGCCGGCGGCAGGAGGGGGAGUGGCUCCGGUCGAAAAAGGCAGUAGCGGUGGUUUUGGGGGAUUGGCUGCAACCACCGAUGAUACUUCGAUAGGUAAAGGGUUUGAGAAUUACAUCUCAAGCCCUCCCACUUUUUCUUUAUUUGCUGAAUUUAGUCAAAAAGGAAAUGGAAAUAAAAAAUCUAAAGCCUGCCAUGUUAAGCCCAUAUCUCAACCUAAAAAUUCAAAGAAUUGGAUCUUUGAUUGUGGGGCCACAGAUACCAUGUCUUAUGAUCCCAAAGAUUUUUGUAAUAUAUCACCCCCAUCUAAAUCCCAUAUUGAGACCGCUAGUGGGGAAAUGGUUCAAGACAUUCGUACGAAGGAGAUCGUUGGGCGUGGUACUGAACAAGGAGGCCUCUACUACGUUGAUGAGGUGGUUCACAUGGGACAUGCCAUGCUUGCUCAUGGGACAACCGAAAGACAACUAUGGUUAUGGCACCGACGUCUUGGAGAAAUGUUUGGGGUCCGGCUCCGAAUAGCACCAAUAGUCGGUUCAGAUAUUUUGUUCUCUUUGUGGAUGAUUUUUCACAUCCUCCGUUCUGAUAACGGGACUGAAUUUGUGAACAAACCAAUGAAAACCUUCUUCCAAGAAAAUGGUCUCAUCCAUCAAACUACUUGUCCCAAUACUCCACAACAGAACGGUACCUCGGAACGAAAAAAUCGCACAUUACUUGAAAAAACACGUGCAAUCAUGAUUGAAUCUCAUGUCCCUUUGUCCUAUUGGCCAGAAGCUCUUGCCACAUCGGCAUACCUUGUUAAUCGUCUUCCAACUCAAAUCCUAGGACAUAAAACCCCGUUGGAUGUCCUAGCCACCCAAGUAAAAGUUCCAUCCAUAAUGACCUUACCUCCUCGUGUUUUAGGAUGCUCGGUGUUCAUUCACACUCCAAAAACUAAUCGAAACAAACUUAAUGCCUGUGCUGAAAAAUGUGUUUUUAAUGGGUACGGUGUCCACCAAAAGGGCUAUCGUUGCUACAAUCUUGUCACUCGUCGGGUUCAUGUAACCAUGGACCUUGACUUCAUCGAAUCUGACUAUUUUUUCGACCAUCAAUCCAGUGCUCAGGGGGAGAAAAUAAGUGAGUCACUCGAUUGGUUCGAUUGGUUGUUAUAUCAUAGUUGCUCGACGGAUGUUUCGACAGAGCCGGUAGAUGGCGCCAGCGAACCUGCUUCAGCCAACGUUGAAGAGGAUGACGAGUUAUCUCACACAACCAACGAUUCCCCUAAGGACGAUGUCCAACAUGAAGUCGAAGCCCGAGAGCCAAAUUCAGAUAUGGCAAACAAUGAGGUAAACGACUCACAACAUCACGAGAAUUCCACAAAUGUUACUAAUCAUGACAGGUUAGAAAGCUCGCAUGUGGAACAUGAAGAACAACAAAACACUCCUGUCCUCCCUCCCAGAAGAAACAGGGGAGUCCCUCCUAACCGGUAUUCCCCGGAGCACACCUCUCGCACCUCCAAAUAUCCAGUAAAAACCGACAGGGGGAGGGUGGCACAAGUUGCAAAAGCCUUCUCAGCCACACUUCUCUCAGAAAAGAUUCCUACCACGGUCCAAGAAGCCGAGGAGACGACUGAAUGGAGAGAGGCAAUGAAUUUAGAAAUUGAGGCUUUGAAAAAGAGUAGCACAUGGGAAAAAUGUACUUUACCUCAAGGGAAGAAACCAGUUGGCUGCAAAUGGGUAUUUAAUAUCAAAUAUAAAUCUGAUGGCACCAUUGAACGACACAAAGCUAGAUUGGUAGCCAAAGGAUAUACACAAACUUAUGGUAUCGAUUAUUCUGAGACUUUUUCCCCAGUUGCUAAAAUUGAUACUAUCAGAGUUCUUUUCUCAGUAGCAGCAAAUAAAGACUGGCCACUCCAUCAAUUUGAUGUUAAAAACGCGUUUUUGCAUGGAGACUUGAAAGAAGAAGUUUAUAUGGACCCUCCCCCGGGGUUCUCAGAUGAUUUUAAAGGAAAUGAAGUGUGUAGACUGAAAAAGGCAUUGUAUGGGCUCAAACAAUCUCCGCGCGCGUGGUUCGGAAAGUUUACUAUGGCUAUGAAACGUUAUGGGUACAAACAGAGUAACGCCGACCAUACCUUGUUCUACAAGAGGAGGGGAACUCUUGUUACAUGUCUUAUAAUUUACGUUGAUUACAUGAUCAUAACAGGAAGUGAUGAAGAAGAAAUUAACUCCCUCCGGAAGAAUCUCUUCACUGAGUUUGAAAUGAAAGACCUUGGGGGAUUGAAAUAUUUCCUAGGGAUUGAAGUGCUUCGGUCAAAAAAGGGGAUUUUUAUCUCUUAA